AUCACACGCAGCCAGACCAGACUCAGCCGCCAGCCCCCGAGCCCUGGGACGGUCCCACCUGCCUCUAUAAUCCGCUGUUGUCCGCCUCGCCAGGAGACGACCAUGGGCAAAAUUCUCGUCCCGUGUCUGGCCGUUCUGACCUGCGUCGGGAUCGGCGUGGCCCUGCAGUGCCUGAAAUGCGAAUUCACCAUCCAUGGCAACCUCUGCUGCAUCAGCACCGUCAGCUGCGACACCGGGCAGCUCUGUGUCACCGUCCGGGGCCACGCAGCCGACCACAAGCUGGUCAUGAAGAAGGACUGCGUUGAGAGGGAGAAAUGCCAAACCAACAGCACCUCGACCUUCGCCGGCGUCACCUACAGCACCUACUACGAGUGCUGCGAGGGCGAAUUCUGCAACUCGGCCGCGGGCGCCGGGGCCCAGCUCUCCCUGGCUGCAGGGCUGGCCAUGCUGGGGGCCUGGCUCGCCCGGGGCCUCUAAUCCCUGCUCCGCAAGCCGGGAGGGAAGAGGAAAUCAUUUCUGUUGGGGGGGCAAAAAAAAUCCAGCCUGACCUUGCCUUUAAAUAGCCCCACCCCUUUUCUUCUUAAAGGGGCGCUUGGUAACCAGAGUCCAGAUCGGAUUCCUUUGCCUUGUUUUGGUCAUUUUAAAUCAUUAUAACCCAGGGAUGGGGCAGAGGGAAAGGCCCUGAAGGAGGGGGAAGAGGUGGGGUCUGUCUGGAGAAGGGUGGGUGGAUUUCUUGUUUCUCUCCAGUAUAAAGAGUGCUGAACUGGAGUCACUCCGGAUUCACACUGGGGUUACUGAGAUCAGAAUCCAGCCGUGGUUCACUGACUGCAUUGUGUUUUCCUCCCGCCCCCUACGGGCUGGCUGUGUGGGUCGGACGUGGCAGGUGCGCAUGCAUGUUUUCCCGCUGCCCCCUGCUGCCUGGAAUUAAACCUGCUGGUCUGUGUGCCAUAAACCCU